AUCAAACAUAUUUUUUAACUUCCCCUGACUCACUAAUUACUUACUUUACUGAGGUUGGUUGUGUUCUUCAACCGAUCGAAGAACAAGAAGACAACAACAUGGAAGGAGGAGUAAUAGAAGCCGAUGUUUCUGCUUUCAGAGAAUGUUUGUCUCUGUCAUGGAAAAAUCCUUACGUUCUUCGUCUUGCUUUCUCUGCUGGAAUUGGUGGCCUUCUCUUUGGGUACGACACCGGAGUGAUAUCUGGGGCUCUUUUGUAUAUCAGAGAUGAUUUCAAAGCUGUGGAUACACAGACUUGGCUACAGGAAGCAAUAGUGAGUAUGGCCCUUGCUGGAGCAAUCAUAGGGGCUGCAGUUGGUGGAUGGAUUAACGAUCGAUUUGGAAGGAAAAAAGCAAUCCUUAUUGCAGAUAGCCUCUUCUUUAUUGGGUCUGCUGUCAUGGCUGCUGCUACCAAUCCAUCUAUUCUCAUUGUUGGUAGAGUUUUUGUUGGACUUGGUGUUGGAAUGGCCUCAAUGGCUUCCCCUUUAUACAUCUCUGAAGCUUCUCCAACCAGAGUUCGAGGAGCCCUUGUUAGUCUCAAUGGAUUUCUCAUAACUGGAGGACAAUUCCUCUCCUACCUCAUCAACUUGGCCUUCACAAAUGCACCAGGAACAUGGAGAUGGAUGUUAGGAGUAGCAACUGUACCAGCUCUGUUACAAAUUGUACUGAUGAGUAUGCUGCCAGAAUCACCGCGUUGGCUGUUCAGGAAGGGAAGAGAAGAUGAAGGCAAAGCAAUUUUAAGGAAGAUUUACCCACCCCAGGAAGUUGAAUCUGAAAUUAAUACUUUGAAGGAAUCAGUUGAACUGGAAAUCAAGGAAGCAGAAGCUUCAGAUAAGGUCAGCAUAGUCAAAAUGCUGAAAACUAAAACUGUGAGAAGAGGUUUAUAUGCAGGAAUGGGGCUUCAAAUCUUCCAGCAGUUUGUGGGGAUCAAUACAGUAAUGUACUACAGCCCCACCAUUGUUCAGUUAGCUGGUUUUGCAUCCAAUAGAACAGCACUACUUCUGUCACUUGUCACAGCUGGCCUAAAUGCAUUUGGUUCUAUAUUGAGUAUAUACUUUAUAGAUAAGACUGGAAGGAAAAAGCUUCUGCUAUUCAGUUUGUUUGGUGUUGUAGUCUCCGUUGUUGUUUUAACUGUUGUAUUCCAUCAGAGUACAACUCACUCCCCAAUGGUUAGCACAAUUGAAACCUCUCACUUCAAUAAUACUUGUCCCGAUUAUAGUACAGCUGUGAACCCUGGUGGAUGGGAUUGCAUGAAGUGCCUCAAGGCUUCUCCAGAGUGUGGCUUUUGUGCUUCUGGAACUAAUAAGCUCCUACCUGGGGCAUGUUUGAUCUCCAAUGACACCACAAAGGAUCAGUGCCAGAAAGAACAAAGGCUAUGGUACACGAGGGGAUGUCCUAGCAAAUUUGGAUGGCUUGCAAUAAUAGGCCUUGCACUCUACAUCAUAUUCUUCUCACCCGGGAUGGGAACUGUUCCAUGGGUUGUCAACUCUGAGAUUUAUCCUUUGAGGUAUAGAGGAAUCUGUGGAGGAAUGGCAUCUACUUCUAAUUGGGUCUCAAAUCUUAUUGUUGCUCAGUCCUUUCUAUCAUUGACACAAGCUAUUGGGACGUCAUGGACAUUCAUGAUAUUUAUAUUCAUCACUGUUGCAGCCAUUAUCUUUGUUAUUAUUUUUGUCCCAGAAACCAAAGGACUUCCAAUGGAAGAGGUUGAGAAGAUGCUGGAAAGAAGAUCUCUAAACUUCAAGUUUUGGAAAACAAGUUCUGAUUCUGGAGAAGUACAAACACAAAAGACUCAGUCAAUUUAAGUUAAUUGUGUUGUAUCAUACUGUAAUAUUGGAGUGUAAUCAGGGAACUAUAUAUGGGUUCAGACAAAGGUAAUAAAAUAGUAAAAUGUG